AUCCAAGCCGCCAUAGAUCUCACAGCGGGCGCCGUUGGGGGCGCAGCGUGUGUGCUGACUGGGCAGCCCUUCGACACCAUGAAAGUGAAGAUGCAGACAUUUCCCAACCUGUACAAGGGCCUCACCGACUGCUUACUAAAAACCUACAACCAAGUGGGCUUCCAGGGCUUAUACAGGGGAACCAGUCCUGCACUGCUAGCCUACGUCGCCCAGAGCUCUGUCCUAUUCAUGUGCUAUGGCUUCUGCCAACAGUUUGUCAGGAAAGUGGCCAGAGUGGCCCAGAACCCAGAGCUGAAGGAUUUUAAGACUGCCACUGCUGGGUCUCUGGCCUCCGCAUUUGCUUCGCUGGCCCUCUGCCCCACUGAGCUCGUGAAGUGCCGGCUGCAGACCACGCAUGAAAUGAAGAUGUCAGGGAAGACAGCACAAAGCCAUAACACAGUUUGGUCUAUGGUUAAGAGUAUCUUCAUGAAGGAGGGUCUCUUAGGCUUCUAUCGUGGACUCCCCACCACUCUCGUCCAGGAAAUACCUGGCUAUUUCUUCUUCUUUGGGGGUUAUGAACUCAGUCGAUCGUUUUUUGCAUCAGGGAGACCAAAGAAUGAACUAGGCCCUGUCCCUUUGAUGUUAAGUGGAGGCUUUGCUGGGAUCUGCCUCUGGCUUAUCAUAUUCCCAGUGGACUGUAACAAGGCCAGAAUCCAGGUUCUUUCUAGAAUCCAGGUUCUUUCUAUGUCUGGGCAGCCAGCAGGAUUAAUCUCAACCUUUGUAUAUAUUGUGAGAAAUGAAGGAAUAUUAGCCUUGUAUUCUGGAAUGAAAGCCACUAUGAUUCGAGCCAUCCCUUCCAAUGCUGCUCUAUUUUUGGCCUAUGAAUACAGCAGGAAGGUGAUGAUGAGCAUGGUGGAAGAAUACUGA